CAUAGCGCGAGCGGAGCAGCUUCGAGCGGAGCCGCGGCGGUGCGUGGUUCGAGCUGCUCGUGUGUGCCAUAGGGGGCCACUGCCGGACACGACACGGACACGACACGAUCACCACACACAGUAGCGCGCGUUCGUUUACAAGAUGGCAGACGACGGCCCGUCCGCGGCGGAGGACGCGACCGCGGCGGUGGCGACGGGACUGGGGGACGGUGAUUCUCGCGUGACGAGGGAGCGGCACAAACGCGCGGACGCCACCACGCCGAUCGUCACUCCGGGGCCGUACCUCGCGUCUGGCCAGGACGCCUCCUCAUCCGCGAAGCGCGUCGGCGGACACGAGGACGCCUCGAGCAGCGCGUCUCCGUGCGAGCUGGACGAUCAUCAUCACGAGCGUCGUCUUCAGCAUCUCCGUCAUCAUCCUCAUCUUCGUUAUUCUCACCACCACCACCAUUCAUCGUCUCAUCAUUGUAAUCAUCAUCAUCACCACCAUCCUCAUCGCCAUCAUCACCUUACGAAUCAUUGCGACGACGAUCGCGCCAGUGGUGAUUCUCCGUCGCCCGUCGAUGCGACUGGGCCAACCGCGAGCGACGGCGAGGAAGAGAACGGCAGCGGUCUCGGAGCGCCUUACGGUAGCGUCGGCGUCGGCGCCGACGGCGACGGCAAUGGCAGUGGUAGUAGUGUCGGCCUGUAUCACGGUGAUGUUAGAAUCGAGGUAGUCCGGAGCGUCGUGGCGGAGGACGACCACGACAACGACGGCGACGGUGGCAACGGCGGCAGCGUCGGCGGCGUCGAUAGUGACUGCGACGGUGAUAGUAGUGCUGGCGGUAGUAAUAGUAUUAAGAGUAGUAAAAGUGGUGCUGGUGGUGUUGCCGCGGAAAUCAUGACCGGUGGUAAUAAUAAUGAUAACAACAACGCGGAGACGCGCGUCGAUGUCGAGGACGGCACGUCGUCCUCCUCCUCUUCCUCGUCAUCGUCAUCGUCGACGCGAUGCUCGGCGCCGAGCGCGGACAGUGCACCGGAAGUGAACGGCCACGACGCGGGCAGGCGGAGAGUGAGCAUCGUCGUCGUCGCGACGGAGGAGGAGGAGACGGCGACGCGAGCGAACGAGGGCGCGUCGACGUCCGCGAAGACGGACAACGCUGACGUAGUCAGGCACCAGGGCAGUCCGUUCAAGGGACAGGUUAGGAUGGCCGAGGACACCCUCGUUGGGCCCUGCGGCAAGAAGCGGUGCGCCGAUCGAUACGACAGCUCCGAGAGCUCUGACAGUGGCGUUGCCGUAUCUUGUGGGGAAUGCAGCAGCAGUGGCACCAGCGAUAUCACAGAACCGGGCUCACCAUGUAGCACCAGCAGCGAUGAGGGGGUAGCUGCGAUACGCGGCACGUCUGCCAGUCCGCUGCCAUCUCUGCCCAAGCUGGCGCCGUCGUCGCAGCUCGGUACCAGGCCCCAGUGGCCCUGGACCCCGCCGUUGGCGGCAACUGCCUGUUCCACUACCGCGUUCAAAAGGCUGAGGGGCGAACCCGAGGCUGGCGCCCUUCCGCGCUCCGGCGCCGCCGAUCCCACCUCCAGAGGGGCCGUCAAGGUGAAUGGAAAGACUGCAGGCAGCCAGCACCACCACGAGUCCCAGGGCAAGAUUACGGAGUACUUUAAGACGCAAAUUAAGCCGCAACAGCCGAAGAUAAAGAAAACGAACGAAAUGGUAUUGGUAGCGAAGAGCUCAGAAUUUCGAAGGCCACCUAUGGUGCAGAGGAAUAAAGGCGGUCUCGCUAAGUACUUGGGUACAGUGUCGUCCAACACAAAUCGCAGUACUGUAACCAACGAGCCCUGGGAAAUGAGAACACUGACGUCAUCAUCGACGAAAAAGCCGCUGGUCAUUGUACCAAGGGCCAAUGGCAAGAUAGACAAGAAGCUUCCGAAACCACUGCCAAGUCUGCCAAUCUCGAACGACGUACUGAAAAAUCUGCCCAAGAUCUCAUCCCUCAGAUUAACUUCGGACGCGAGUAUUAAUUCAAUCAAGGGUAGUUCUCCACCCGCUACUGCUGCCUCGUCGCUAUUGGGUGAACCAUUGGAUUUCAAAGCAAUCUUGACGAAGCCGCACGUGAACGAGAACAAUAAUCUGACGAACAGCUGUGGAAGUAUCCUGGGUGCGUUAAGAUCGCAAAGCGGCCACGAAUCCCCUAUUUCGAGGUUGUCUUCGCCGUCGAAGGAGGACAACAAGGAUGAAGAUGGCCAAUCGGCACCGAUUGACGUUGAUGAAGACGACGUUGAUGAAGAGGACUCUCUAGGUAGCGAAUCGAAACCGUCGCCUAUUCUUUCGGCACCGACUACCAUUCGAUUUCCGGCACGAGCGCCCGAGAAGGAUAGAUCUCAAGCUACUGAUAACGGAAUCUGUCGUUGGGACAAGUGCGAAGCCAACUUCGAGUCUGUGGGUGGUCUUUUGGAGCAUUUGCAGGCUGCGCACAUCAACACGCAAACCGGCAGCGACAAUUUCGUCUGUCAAUGGCAAGGGUGUAAAGUACAAGGUAGGACUUCAUGUUCCCGGCGAUGGUUGGAAAGACAUGUUCUAUCUCACGGCGGUAAUAAACCCUUUCGAUGCAUUGUCGAUGGUUGCGGUUGCAGAUUCAGUUCUCAGAUCGCCCUUGAGAGGCACGUGAAUGGUCACUUCAAUCAGCCGGAAACGAGCAGCACUAAUGGAAGACGUAGUUGCGAGAAUGGCGGCAAGCUCGUUAGGAGGAAUGGCAAGAAGCUUAGAUAUAGGCGGCAACCUUGGUCUGCGAGACUUUUUGAUUACUUUGACUCGGGAGUAAUGGAGGGUCUCCAGCACAGGCUACUGGAUUUAGCGACAUCGAGGACGCAAGGGCGACUAGCUGAAACGCCAGGAAACUCGAUGGCACUAACUAGUCAAGUUUUAGCGAGGAGAGUUGAAUUGGACGGAAAGACGAAAGUGUUAUUGCGAUGGUAUCCUCAAGAUAUAGAACCGGAUGAAUGGGUACUAGAAUCCGAAGUACAAAGCACGAAGCAUGUAGGUAUUCGCAAGGCAGUCGCUAGUAAUCCGGAACAAGUGAGUUUGGCUCUCUAUCCCGCAAUAAGCGGUCACACGCCGCCGACGCUGCGAGCGAAGCAGCGUCGAAAACCAGUAAAGAACUCGUGAUAAUGUCGGCCGAUUGGCCGGAUACCAGAACUGACCUAACGAGCACUGAUAUCUCAAACCUUCUUCGAGAUGAAGAAGAAUAGAGUGCUGCCGUUGACAUGAGCACGACACGGUCUACAACACUUCCUGGUCGGUGAAGAUGAAGGCCAUGACGAUGCGACCUGAAAUACCCAAAUGUAUCGAAAGAGACAAAGACCGCUUUAGAAGAUAACUAAUCUAAAGAUAAAUGACCAAUAUGGCUGGAUUAAAAAAUAAGAAUCGUCGAAGGAAAUCGUGCAACAGAUAAAUUCAGGAUGUAAUACACAGUAGCGAUAAGAACAAGAGAUACAGUAGAUGGACGAACAAAGAAACGAUCAUCCGUCCUUCGUUUUGAGGACGAAUAUGCUCAGCAAUGAACGUCGUUAUUUAUCGAUGGAUACAUCUAUUAACGCGCUAGUUUUACGCGAAUCCCUGCCACGCAUAAUUCCACGCUCGUCGGCUUCGGAAGCGCUAAGUUUGGGCCUCGAAAGUGCCUCACCGUGGAUACAUUUCGUACCGUCUUCUACCGUGAUCAAGAUCCCAGAGACAGAUGCGUGGUGAAAACGGUAGUAAAGGUAGACAAAGACAAAAAGUUAAAAAAAGAAAGCAACAAAAAAGAGCUUUUGUGUAUUUGGUUUUGCCAAAGAAAACAGAGGUCGUACACAGAAAAAAUAUUUAAGCGGUAGUUAACAAUUUAUAAAAAGAUAAUCACUCUGGUGGCCUUAGGAUUCAAUUAAUAUCUUACAUCGGCCCCUUGGCACUUCCGGGAACUGAAUAUCUUGGCAAUCUCCGACGAUGCUUCGAAAAAAAGGAAAAGAAGGGAGAAGAAGAGAGAAGAUGCUUCUACCUCGAUUUACAACUCGGUAGAAACUCGCGUCGGUUGUCGUCAUAUGAUGACACGAAAAGGAUCGAGAAGAAGAAACAUGAGAAGACGGAAGAAGAUCGUGGACAGCGCGAAGCGGACGCAGAAGACUGUAUCGGGACUAUAUGAGAGAAAAUUGGAGAAGGGAAUUUAGGUUGUUAGGUGAGGAUUCAUGAGUACGAAUGAAAGUAUGUAUGUAUGUAUGCGAGAGAGACUGAGUGAUAAUGCUCCGAAUUCGCCGUUAUUUCCCUGAAUAGGGUGACAGUCUCCCAGACUGAAAAGCUCGGCACGAAAUUGAAGGAUUGCGGAAUAAUCGGACGAUACGUACGCCACCGAGACUUCUAUCGAGGGUUAUUUCUCUUCGUUCUUCGUGGAAGUAGAGGUAGAACGGAGAGACGAUGUACAAAACAAAAUUAAAAAAAAAAAGUGAUUCUCAAGGCCCGAGGCAUGCUCGAAUCAGCUAUUGAAAAGAAAUGUAUGAUGUCGAACUUGCCUCGUUUCUGUGCCCGAGACGUGUUCGAUUUCUUGUGUACUUCAUUAUUCGCGUUAUUUUUAUCUUCCUGCUGAGUCUCGUGCAGCAUGUUGGCGUACUCUCGUCGCAUUAAAGAACGCAAAAUUUAAUCAAGUGAUAAGAUGAAAAGAAACGGGAGUAGGUAAACAUGCUGCGCAACCACAAUCUAUGAGCUGUUACCCUCAAAAGGGGUAAAUUACGUACGUAGGCUGUGUUACAUUUCCCACGGACUUGUUAAGCAAAGAAUGGGUUGAAUGGAAUGAACAAAGAACGCGACGUGGAUUGUUGCUCUUGCGAUUCGUGUAUGUGACUUUGCAAAAAGAGAAAUAAAUUUUGCGACAACAAGCUUUUCGCGGACGAUCGCGGAGUAGCAACACCGUGCACGUGUGUAUGCAUAGCGAAUAGAACUUCAUAUAAAUUAAGGUUCGCGAAGGAGAAGAGUAUGUAUCGUGUGAACGUAUUGAAUGAGUGAGAGUUGAUCGAGAAAUAGAUGAGAUUGAAAGAUUGACGAGAAAAUCAGAAUGGAUGAGUUGAUUGAAUAUGAAUGAGAAAUUGAGCGACUGAAAAGAAAUGGAGACCGUAUGAGACACACAGACAAAGACGGAACGUCAUUACACACCAGCUAAGAAACACUGCCAAUAUAAUUGUAAUUAAGAGCUCUACGACAUUAAUUAAUUAUUCUUAUUAUUAUUGUAAAAUAUGAUUGUAAAACUCCAGAUGUAAUGCAAGAGAAUAGUAAUAGCGAUAGGAAUAACACGACCUAUCGGAAACUGUAUAUUUCAGAGUAUCCGAUGUCUUUGAGAGGUUGAAAUCGUGUUAUUCCUAUCGCUAUCAUUAUUCCCCCGCAUUGUGUCUCGGGCUUAAGUGUAUAAUCGAAUAGAUCUCUAGCUGACGCGCGAGGAUAUGUAAUAAGGAGGACAUGUAAUAAGAAGCGGCUGUUCCGAUAAUGCGUCGUUGUCACGUUCGUUUCACGAUAUUUUAAUUAUAUAAAUAUACUUUUUCUCAAACUGCCCGUGUGUAAGGGAGUGUUCCGUGCACGCGACAUACACGGCGCAUCGCGAACACGAGGCCGCAAGUUGUAAAUGUAAAUACUUAGUUGAAAUUAUCGUAACGAAACGACAUAUUACAUGAAUCCUAUACUCGCAACUGUAGGCUUGCAACCCGUCACUGCUAAAGCAAGCCACUCGCGAGUUAUGUAAAAAAAAGUAUGUAUAUCUCUCUGUAUCCAUUGAUUUUCGAGCACAGCGUUCCCGCGAGGGUGGCACACAUACGGCGGUGGAUUAUUACUUCCUUUUGAAGAAAUCGAAAAAUGGACACCGAAUAUAAACGCGUCACUGCCAGAAUCACGCACUGCCAACCCCGUCGUUCUAACGACGCGCCUGUAACGUAGUAUCUCUCUUUAUUACACGAGCAUAUAUUCGUUCGUAUCGUGCUUCUAAGAAACUCGUCGUCGGCUCUUUUCUCUUUAUACGUACAUACAUACAUACACACACGGCCUAGCCGCAGCCACUGUUCCCGAAUUGAUAUAUUCUUCGAGUGUAUAUCGUCGCUCCUAAGGAAAGAUUCAUUAACAUAA